UCUCUUUUUUCUUCAUUGCUCUUUCUCUCUAUUUUGCUGCUUCCCUUUUUUCUUUUUUGUGUGUCUUUCUCUCUAGAAUCUCAAGAGAAGUGACAUAGCCUCAUUUGAACCAAAACAAAAACUAUAUUGACUCUCCCAUUCCAGCAAGUGGAGCUGAAGGAGUGUGCGGAGGACUUUUGAAGGGGAAAAUGGCUGGGGUUGCAAGUGAGGAGUCCGGAGUGGGAUGGUCCGUGGAGGGGAUUUCAAGUGGGCAGCGUUGCCAAUUAGGGGAAGCAUUGGCAGAAUGGAGGUCUUCUGAGCAGGUGGAAAAUGGAACACCUUCAACCUCACCCCCUUAUUGGGACUCUGGGGACGAUGAUGAUGAUGAUGGGCCGAAACCUUCUGAAUUAUAUGGGAAAUAUACAUGGAAGAUAGAGAAAUUUUCGCAGAUUAACAAAAGGGAUCUUCGCAGUAAUGCAUUUGAAGUUGGUGGCUACAAGUGGUACAUUUUAAUUUAUCCACAAGGUUGUGAUGUUUGCAAUCAUCUCUCACUGUUUCUCUGUGUUGCUAAUCACGACAAACUUCUUCCAGGUUGGAGUCAUUUUGCACAGUUUACGAUAGCUGUUGUGAAUAAAGAUCCAAAGAAAUCAAAAUAUUCAGAUACUUUACAUCGAUUCUGCAAGAAAGAGCAUGACUGGGGAUGGAAAAAGUUUAUGGAGCUCUCAAAAGUUUAUGAUGGGUUUAUAGAGUCUGACACACUAAUAAUAAAAGCUCAAGUUCAAGUCAUCAGGGAGAAAGCAGACCAGCCUUUUCGUUGCCUUGAUUGUCUGUAUAGGAGAGAACUUGUUAGAGUCUAUUUGACAAAUGUAGAGCUAAUUUGUCGCCGUUUUUCGGAUGAGAGACGAAACAAGCUAGGGAAGUUGAUAGAGGACAAAGCUACGUGGUCAAGCUUCUGUGCUUUCUGGUUGGGGAUUGACCAAAAUGCCAGGCGCCGAAUGUCCAGGGAGAAAACAGAUGUGAUUUUGAAAGUAGUUGUGAAGCACUUUUUUAUAGAGAAGGAAGUGACAUCUACUUUGGUAAUGGAUUCACUUUAUAGUGGGUUGAAGGCUCUAGAUGGCCAAAGUAAGGGCAAGAAAGCGAAUUCAAAAUUAUUGGAUGCUGAAGAAAUGCCAGCUCCAAUUGUUCGCGUGGAAAAAGAUAUGUUUGUGUUAGUGGAUGAUGUGCUACUACUUCUAGAAAGGGCUGCUUUGGAACCAUUACCUCCUAAAGAUGAGAAAGGUCCUCAGAACCGAACAAAGGAUGGGAAUUCUGGAGAAGAUUUCAACAAGGAUUCAAUUGAGCGUGAUGAAAGGCGUCUUACAGAAUUGGGUCGCAGGACAGUGGAAAUAUUUGUUCUCGCUCAUAUUUUCAGCAACAAAAUAGAAGUUGCCUACCAGGAAGUUGUUGCUUUGAAGAGGCAAGAAGAACUCAUCCGUGAAGAAGCUGCAUGCUUGGCUGAAAGUGAGCAGAAGGCUAAACGAGGAGCAUCUGAAAAAGAGAAAAAAUCAAAGAAAAAACAUGCUAAGCAAAAACGGAAUAAUCGGAAAAGCAAAGAUAAAGGAAGGGAGGAGAAGGCUAUUCUGGCUGCACUUGAGAAUCACCAAGAUGACAACCAAGAUGAUGAAACGGAUGCCUCUAUGAUGGUGGAGUUGCAGCCAGUGCCCGAAAAAUCUGAUGUUCUGGGUGAUGUUUCUGAUGUUUCUGACUCAGUUGAUGGUGCCACUGAAGUUCUUCAGCCUGACUCAGAAGACAGAGAUGCUAGUCCUGUUAAUUGGGAUACAGAUACAUCAGAAAUCCAUCCUCGCACAGAAGCCAGUAGCAGUGGAAUAAGUGGACUAUCGUGUGUACAAAAUGGAGUAGCUGAUAAAAGGAGCCCAUCUAUAAUGGAUGAUAGUUCAUCAACAUGUUCGACAGACUCAAUACCCUCAUUGGUAAUGAAUGACCCCUAUAAAGGGAACUCAUUCUCAAACAACCAAAAUCAGAAAUCGCCUAGCAGUGGGAAGAACCAGCGCGGCAAAACAUCAAGUGAUGGCAGUAGUUGGACUACAGAAACUGAUAAUCAGGCUUCUUGUCCUGCAUUAGAUGCAGGGGACCAUAAUGAUGUUUCUGAAAGUAGUAAGGCUGGUGAAUCUGAGUCUGAGGCUUCUGUUUCAUUCUUGCUGGAUCAGACAAAGUGGGUUGAGCAGGAUGCUGUUAAGAAGGAAGUUAUUUUGGUGCAAAAGAAACCAAGCACCCAAGAUCCACUUGAUUUAAAAAGACCUAAAGAGAAGACAGCUGCUAUACCAUCCUCUCCAAGAAGUCCUCCAAGAAAUCUGCGACCUACUGCUCAAUUUAGGUCAGAGUACAAGAGUGCUAGUGGUGUAGAUUCUAUGCCAGUGAGGAAGGCAUCGUCAAAUGGCCUGCAACAUAAUGAUCAACCUGCAUCUUUGAUUUCAUCAUUCCAAAUGAUUGGUUUAUCAAAAUCUGAGACUCAGAAGGCUGCAACUCCGAAACCAGCUGAAAAACCUGUGACCCCACAGGUGCCUGUGAUGUCAAGGCCCUCUAGUGCUCCUCUUAUUCCUGGUCCUAGGCCAAGUGCUCCUGUUGUUUCUAUGGUUCAAACAACUCAGAUUCUUGCUCGUUCAGUUAGUGCAGCUGGCCGUUUAGGUCCUGACCCAUCCCCAGCUACUAGUUAUGGUCCUCAAUCUUAUAGAAAUGCCAUAAUGGGUAACAAUGUUGCUUCUGUUUCAUCUGGUUUUACUCAUCCCAACUCCCCUAGCUCAAGAGUUAACCCAUCACUAGCAUACUCACAGCCACCCGCCUUGGUAUCUGCACCAGUGUAUAUACCCCAGAGGUCAGAGAGGAUGGAGCCAAAUUCUGUCCAAUCAGGCUUUCCAUUUGGCAUAGUAACUCGGGAUACUUUCCCGAAUGCACCCCAGUGGAUGGAGAGUUCUCAAAGAGAUGGCAGUAGAAGUAUGCAUUCUGAUCCUUCUUCAUUGCUUAGUGAGAUCCAAAAUCUUGACUUGUAUAAGUCUGUGCCUAAUGGAUCACGGGAACACUUCUCUACUGAUUUUUCAUCCUUUACAUGUGCACGUCAGACCCAAGGUGCCUUGGCAGACGAGUUUCCACAUCUUGAUAUUAUCAAUGACUUGCUUGAUGAGGAACACAAUGUUGGGAGAGCAGAUAGGCCAGGAACAGGCUUCCAUUCUCUUGGCAAUGGAUCACAUUUAUUAAAUCGGCACUUUUCUUUUCCACCCAAUUUGGGCAUGUCGGGUGAGAUGCAAUCUUCGAAUGGCUCAUGCAGGUUUGAGCGAGCAAGGAGUUACCAUGCUUAUGGGUUCCAACGAGGUGACAGUAUUUCCUCAGGCAACCAUUUUGAUACAUCAAGGGAAUUUAUUCCGCAAGCUAGACCCCUACCUUAUGCCAAUGGGCAAAUUGAUGGAUCGGUCCCAACCCAGUGGCCAAUGGCUUCUUCGGAUCUGUCUUUACUCAGCAUGAGGAAUGCAGCAGAUGUUGGCAGUUACCCAUUCUACAGUCCAGAGUAUUCUAAUCUGGCAUGUGGCGUCAAUGGCUAUACAUUAUUCCGACCUUCCCAUGGACACUGAAAAAGGCAACCAACGACGGAGUUAUCCCAGUGUAAUGAUGUAUUUGAGUAAAUUUGUUGGGUCUUAUUAGAUUUGGAGUGAGUUUGUAAUCUUUUCACAAGGAAAACAGAUCGUAAAGAGUGUUACUGCCCUCUUUGCAUCAAGCAUUUUUAGUUUUAAAAGAAAUGAGGCUUUCGUAUAUUUCUUUUCA